UGAUAUUGUUCCUCUGCUGUAGAGUUAUGAAACUCAUACUAGUAGAUUUAAUAUUUCUGCUAACAACAAUAUAGCUUUCUUUAGUAAAAAAGGUGGAAGUAAUAGGAGAGGAAAAUCACUCGAAAUUGGGAAUCAAGGCUUUUCUUCAAGAGGACGCGGGUUUAUCCAAGCAACACAAACAACCAAGAAUAGCCGAAAUCACAGUAUUGGUUCUCGUCCAUACAAUGGUGAAAUCUCUGCUUCUGCUCAAGGAUCCCAACACAUUAACAAGAGUUAGCAAAAGGGUGAAAAUCCACCUCCGGUAAUCUGCAAAAAGCGAGGACAUGAUGCACUUCGUUGCUGGGUGUGGUUUAAUCAUCUCUACCAACUUGAUGAUCUACCCAUGGCACUCUCAGCAAUAACCUUGAAUGAUACCAAUGAUGAGACAUGGUAUGCUGACACUGGUGCUACUUCACACAUGACUGGAGAUCUUGGUAAGCUUUAUAAUUUAAAUUUUUAUAGUGGAUCAGAUUAUGUUAUGGUUGGUAAUGGUGCAACUUUACCCAUCACACACAGCGGUGAUUCUAAACUAAAUUGUGGAGACACUAAGAUUAUUUUAAAGAAUGUUCUUCUUGCACCACAAAUGAAAAAAAAACCUUAUUUCUAUUAGUAAGCUUACUAAUGAUUAUCCUCUCAAUAUUGAAUUUUCUUCUUCCAGUUUUGUCAUAAAGGACAGGAAAACGGAACAAGUGAUAGCCAAGGGAAAUCGCAAGGCUAAUCUAUAUGCUCUAGAAGCUCCACAAAUGGCCUUUUUCUCAAAUCGCUUCAAGUCUACUAGUGAAAGUGUUUGGCACUAGAGAUUAGGCCAUCCACAUUCUAAAGUAAUAAAACACUUAGAAAAUAAAGGGUUAAUUCAAGUAAACAAGUGUGGAAGUACAGACCAUAUUUGUGAAAGUUGUCAAAUUGGGAAGUCUAAGAAACUUCCCUUUUAUGCUUCAAACUCUACUUGUACUCAUCCAUUUGAGAAAAUACAUUGUGAUUUGUGGGGACCAGCACCAGUUUUAUCUUUUCAAAAAUUUCGCUAUUAUGUUAGUUUUGUGGAUGAUUUUACUUGAUUUACUUGGCUAUUUCCUUUAAGAACUAAAUCUGAUUUCUUUGACUGUUACUUGAAGUUUGAAAAACUCAUUGACAGGCAAUUUGAGAAGAAAAUCAAAGUCUUUCAAGCAAAUGGAGGUGGUGAAUUUGAAAAGAAAGAAUUCAUUUACCAUCUUCAAUCUAAUGGUAUUAUUUUGCAGCAAUCAUAUCCUGGCACCCCAGAACAAAAUGGCAAGGUGGAAAGAAGACACAGAGUUAUUUGUGAAAUGGGUUUAACCAUGCUAUACAAUAGUGGUCUACCCAAGUGCUAUUAGGUGGACAUCUUUUCUAC